UGGAUUAUGUAAGGCGGUCGCCGACACAUGGACAAGACGUAUGCGGACACCUGCUGUACGGAGUAUCUCAGGGCAUUCAAGCUUGUUGCAAUCAUGGAGGGAUUGUUUUUCAACAUCAACGGCGGUUACAUCGAGGGGAUUGUUCGAGGGUAUCGGAACAGCCUCCUCAGCAACCAACACUACAACAACCUGACUCAAUGCGAGAGCAUCGAUGAUGUCAAGCUCCAGCUAGCUCCCGCAUACGGCGACUUCCUCGCCUCCCUCCCCCCAAACCCCUCGACCUCCGCGCUCGCUGGCAAAAUGACCGACAAGCUCGUAGCCGAAUUCCGGUACCUGCUAGCCCAAGCCACCGGCUCCACGGCCAGAUUCCUCCAAUACCUCACCUACGGCUACAUGAUCGAUAACAUCGCGCUGCUUAUCACGGGCACCCUGCACGAGCGCGACACAAGAGAGCUCCUGGAGCGCUGCCACCCUCUGGGCUGGUUCGAGACCCUUCCAGUCCUCUGCGUCGCCACGAACAUCGAGGAGUUGUAUAAUUCGGUUCUGGUUGAGACGCCGCUGGCGGGCUACUUCAAAGAGUCUUUGAGCCAUCAAGAUCUGGAUGAGUUGAAUAUCGAGAUUGUCCGAAAUAUGUUGUACAAGAACUAUCUCGAGGACUUUCAUGACUUUAUCAACACUCAUCCGGAUUUCAGCGGUACGCCUACGCAGGAUGUCAUGUCGGAGAUUCUGCAGUUCGAGGCGGACCGGCGCGCGAUCAAUAUUACCCUGAACUCAUUCGGAACCGAGCUGUCGAAGCAGGAGCGGAGAAAGCUAUACCCGGAGUUCGGAAAGCUGUACCCCGAGGGUUCGUUGAUGCUCUCGCGGGCUGAUGAUCUCGAAGGCGUGACACUUGCUGUGAGCGUGAACGCAGACUACAAGAACUUCUUCGAUGCCGUGGGCAUGACCGGUGGCGGCGGCGGAUUCAGCAGUGGCUCGGAUGGAAAGAGCCUGGAGGAUUUGUUCUAUCAGAAGGAGAUGGAACUUUCCAAGGUUACUUUUACCCGGCAAUUCACCCCAUCUAUCGUCUACGCAUGGAUGAGAUUAAAGGAGCAGGAAAUCCGAAAUGUCACCUGGAUCUCGGAGUGCAUUGCGCAGAACCAGAAGGAGAGAAUAGGAAACUUCAUCUCCGUGUUCUAAGCAGCGUACUCUAUUUUACUUGUUCAUGUGUUCCGUCCUUUUCAUAUCGAGUACCCAGUCUUCUUGUAAUGAGCGCAUCUCGACUGUUUGUUUCCGUGGGCUUUGUUUUAUUGUUGUUUAGGCGUUUGGAGAAAUGUUUUUUUUAUGUUGUUCUAUAGGAAAUAAGUUUUUGAAUUUGCAGCUUUCCUUUCUUUUGAAAUAUCGUUCGAUGGCUUAGAUUGAAAUUCUAGACUGUUUUGCUAGAUAGUCAAUUGUUUUCAUUCAUAGCGUUAACCAAAUCAGAUAGCAAGCUAUGCCAGAAUAGUUUGAACAUGAUCUUAAUCU